CAUACAAGGGGAAUUGUAACAUAUUCCCGCCACUGCAUGUCAAUAUGUUGUGUAACAAGAGACGGCAACAGAAACGAUGUUCAUUGCUCAUCUUCUGUUACUGACUUUACCAGAAUCAGUGAAGACACAGUCCUGGCCACCCUACCAUUUCAAAAAAUGAUUCUUAUUAUCAACCCUUUAAGUUUGAGAAUCAAAAGAAUUCAGCUAGGAUUAAUCUUGGUUUCUUAUUUGGAACAUUCUACGCUUAUGGGUGUAGAACUGUUUGGUCGAACCAUAUACGUCAUUGACUGGGAAGAGAAUAGAAUAAAAUACGAAUUCAUAACACAAGAAAUACCAACAGAUAUUGCUGUAGGAGCACAAAAUAAACUCUUAGUAUCCUUUUCCAAUAUUAACAGGGUUACCUGUUACAAUGUGGAUGGCCAGCAGUUAUUUGAGGUGGAUACCAAUUCUCUGGACAUUCCAAGCCACAUCUCUGUGUAUCAAAACCAUUUUUAUGUCCUCCAGGGACAUAUUAUUUAUCGGAUUUCAGGUACGGGUGCUGUGACAACAAGAGAAAUUGGCAUGAAAUGCCGCCAUAUUUCUGUUGGCAAAAAAAACAUUUUUGUAACCGAUUAUUUUGAUGUCCUUCAUAUCAUUGGAACAAAUGAAGACUUUUGGCCCAGGCAGUCAUAUAACUCCCAGCUAUGGACCCCAAGAUUGAACAACUAUAUUUAUAUUGAGGAUUGCUACAACGUUACUAAUAUUCUACCUAUGUCUACAUCUUCUAUAUUAAUAUUCUACAGGAAUAAUAAAGCUAUAUUAUUCACUGAGACUGGACAAAUAAUUAACCAAAAUAAUUCAACUUUCCUUGAGAUUCCUUCUUGCUUUUGUAGAAUGAAUUCUAAAGGAUUUCUGGUGUUUUAUCGUGAAAACAAAGCAUUUCAGUGUAUCACAUGUCCUAGGCUAAUGAAAGGCCCUUUAAUGAAAGUCCAUACUGAUUACAUUAAACUAUGUCAUGUUGUAUCAAAUAAGUAUUUAGCUCUAACCACAAAUGGAAACAAACACGAGGUCCAUAUCCUCUUGAUCAAGGAUGAUAAAGUUGACAUUAUAGAAAGAAUUUCUCUGAGACAUCAUAAUGUCAGCAUUGCUGCAACUCCAGUUAAUUUUGUAGUCGUAGAUGGAAGCGAAAAUAAAAUGGUAUUUUAUUCCACAUGUGGUGAAGAACUUUUUCAAAAAUACCUUCCAUUCUAUGGCUACCCUCAUCACAUCUACUCUGAUAAUGUUUAUUUCUAUGUCCUCUUCAGGAGACACUCUAUUCUCAGAUGCUACGAUCUAUAUGGAGAAAUGAAAUGGCAGUGGGAACUGCCUUUCCCUGUUCACCCUCACAUUGCUGUUUUCCAAGGAACUCUUUAUGUCCCGGACACUCAACUCAACAGGAUUCUUCUAUACAAGAAUCAUGACCGGUCUUCUGGCUGUUGUUUACACCCGGAAAAUCCUUAUAUCAGAAAUCUAAAUCUACGACUCAAAGAAAAGGAGAAAGACAAAAAACUUGUCAUUGGCGAAAUAUGUAAUCUGUCCAAUGGACAGUUGGUGGUGUCUGACAUCAACCAUGAUUGCUUGUUGUACAUUUCUCAGGAAGGAGACAUUGUGUCCAGAUUAUCUCUGCCAUCUACAGCCACAGAUAUAUGUCGAUGGGAUUCUAAUCAUAUAGGUGUCACAUUACCCCUACAGAAACAAUUAAGGGUCAUUGGAAACCUAUCAAAGACAGUGAGAAGUAUAUCAUUAAGACAGCCUUAUGUACGGGUGUGUAAGAUGGGUGAAUGUGAAAUUGUUUGUUAUUGUGAUAAACCAUCACAUUUAGAUGUUUUGGCCAUUAAAAACUUUAAUCAAGUUGAAGUAAUUAAGAUAAUUAAUAUCCCUUUUCUAGUGAAAGCAUUAGCAAUAGAAAAUGAAACACAAAAGUUAUUAAUUGUUACUAAGAGAAGAGUAUUUCAAUGCUGCACUAGUGUUGGUGGUGGUGGUCAUGAUAGUAGACGUCGUCGUAGAAGUAGUAGUGGUGGUAGUGGUAGUAGUAGUAGUAGUAAGACGGUCCCCAGUGUUUUACUAUCCCAAAUGAAACCUGCCCCCAAUCUCUAUGGUGGUUGUAUAGAUAAAAUGUUUAUCUAUCUGAUAGACAACACUCGUAUGUUUGCCAUAAAUGAUCAUAAUUUGGUGUUGAGAGAUCUCGUUACUAAUAAUCAACUUAAUUAUUACAUCGACCUGGUGGAUGUAUUUUCCAGAAACAUUUCUGUCAGUGAAAUGUUGUCUUCCACUUUAUAUCUACAGGACCUGACAGUUUCUGACAAAGCCAGACAUAUUCAUCUCCCUCAACAUUUGGGAGACAAAUUGCGAGUGAAGAUUGAUCGUUUGGUUGUUACUGAAAAUAACCUGAUUGCAGGAUAUGACAGGAAAAAUGAAAAUGUUAAGUUAUUCACAUUUGAUGGUCAACUCAUGGAUUCUAUCAAAUUGAAUGUCUCUCCCAUCAAUAUGUGUCGAUGGCAGUCAAACACACUGGUCAUUACGACUGAGGAUGAUAAAUACCGAUUGUUGACAUUAAAAGUGGAAUUUCCAUUGUCAUUAGUAAAUUACCAAACGAGAGAUAAAUAUAAACAUAUUACUUCUUUUUCGGACAAUCUACUGUUAUGUAGUUGGGAUGGAGAUGAACGUACUUUGUAUGUCAUUGAUUUUGAUGAAAUCCAUUCGACUGUGAGUAUAAUGAAGCAAAUAGACAUACCUGAGACAUUAUUGAUGAGAGGUGGUGAGGUUAUUGAUUAUGUUGCAGGCAUAUGCAAUAUUACAGUUACUGCUAAUGAUGAUAUUGUUGUCAGCAAUGACAAUUUCAUCAAUUUCCUCAGUAGUGAUGGUCAGUAUUUAUAUUCAGUUAGACACUACAAGGAAUAUAACAGUAACAUUAAGCCCAUGACAAUUGAUGACUGUUAUAUGUAUAUUAAUGCAUGGUGGGAAAGAUAUGAUGUUUACGGUUUGUACGAAACCAUUACGUGCUUGACAUACACAGGUGAAUAUGACAGAAUAUUUUUAAAUGAAAGAAUUUAUAAAGGUGAAGUAAAUUUCUACAGUAUAGACUGUAAAGGACCAAGGUUUGUUGGAAGUCACAGAGAUAAAUUGUAUGUUGAAGGUUUGUUUGAUGUUAAUAGGGAGAGAUUCCCUACCUGUUGUUUGCAAACAGACAAAUUUCCUGUUCAAGUGAAAGAUAUUGAUGUCUCUGAGGAAGGAAAGACAGUUGUGUGUGAAAAAGCCAAUAAUGGAAAUGUUAAAAUAUUCGAUGAAGACGGGAAGUUGUUAUGUCACAGAAAUGUUGGAAGUUUAGUUGGUGGUGUGUGUUUUACAGGAGAAAGAGAGAUAAUGGUCACACUUCCAAACAGACAAGAAAUAUUUCAACUGAAACAAGAUUUGGUGAACCAUAAAGUUUGGUCGAGUCUCAUCCCUUAUGGUGUAAUAUGGAGAAAAGUGGGGAAUAUUUACUGGUGCGCACAUACUGAAUUGAUUGAAUGUCAUUGCAUAAAGAUUGAUGGGGACCAAGUGAACAUUCUGGAAUCUGUGUCGUUAUUAAAUCUUGAUUCUGGUCUUCAUUUCCCUUCCAUUACAUCUCAGUGGGAUAAUAGAAUAUUCAGUAAUGAAUUAAUUAAUGAACUGAAAUACAGUAGAGGAGAUGGGAGGAGAGGAAGAGAUAAAUCAGGUGAAAUAAUUAGUAAAGGUAGAGUAAAGGUGAGAUGUGGUAAUUACAUAGCAGAGAGUAUGUCAGGAACUGAUGAAAUAUCAGUGAGGAGACUUCCAUAUAGGACAGCAAUGGUCCCUUUUUCCAUUCCUGCAUUCGAGGAACCUGUUAAUUAUUUUUAUGUGGACAAUAGAGAUUAUAACAGUAAACUAAUUAAGUUGGAUGAGAACGUGAGUGUGUUGAUGUUUAGAGACACGGUUACAUUAAUUAAUACAACAACGGGAGACAUACUUCAACAUGAACAACUACCACAACAAAAAUCAUUAGACAUAUGUCGGUGGACAGAUCAGUGUUUCAUAAUCGUCUUUGGUGAACAACUGAUGUUCUUCAACAGGGAUCUCCGUCGUUUAAAAACCAUCAACACGGGUAAAUACUACAACAGUAUUUAUAAAUACAACGACAAUCAACUCGUGUGUGGUGGUCAUUAUAUUAGAGCCGUAACUGAGGCUGGAAGAUACUAUCAUACCUAUGUAGAUUUAGUUGAUAUCAAUGGUGAGACGUGUAAAUUCAAUCGGGAAAUUUGUUCAGGAGAGGUGAACGAAGUGCUGGAAUUGGAGAUGGUAUUUUGUGACGUAAUAGCGACAUCUGAUGGUGAUAUUGUUGUUAUGAAUUGGGAAAUGGUUGAGCCAGCAGAUAUGAAUGGUGGGUAUCAGUAUGUUGUCUGUUGGUAUAGGGAACAUCUGAUCAGGAAGAUGAAACUAUCAGGAGAUAUUGAGUAUAAUAUGUACAGACCGUAUCUAACCACACGUGGCGACUGUGUUUAUAUAACAGAUAAAUACAGCAAUAUUUACCAAAUACCUGGACAUAUUGAACACCAAACAUCUGAAAAUAUUCAAGAAUAUUUACUCCUCAGAUGGGAUGAUAAUGAUGUCUUUACAGUUCUUGGUUUUGAUAUUACAGACGUUUCGUUCGUGGUUUUUGGGAUUACCAUAGGACGACAAUCUUUUGCUUUCUUUCAUUAUGACAAAUAAAUAUUUUCAGAAAUAUUA